AUGAAUACGACUUUAGCUGAAAUUGUGCAAAAGAUUGCUAGUCAAGGAAAGAAUCCCGAUGUCUCUUUUCUCAAAGAUAACCCAGAAGCACAGACAAUGCUCUUGUUGGCUUUGUUAUCUAAUAAUGCUAAUACAAAUGCAGCAGCAGCAGCAGCUCCAGCAUCAACGGCACCAGCAACCACUACAAAAGCAGCAUCCAGCGAUGGUAAUGAAAAGCGUAAAUAUAGCUCCUUCAGCGAUGGCAAAUCUCCUAGUCCACCAGCAUCUGGCAAAAAUGAUGCUGAUUCACCUCGUAGAGUAGGCAGAAAGCCAGUGACCAGCGAUGAUGAAGAUUCAGAUAACCCCAAAUCAAAGAGAAAAGCACAGAACCGAGCUGCCCAGCGAGCAUUCAGAGAGAGAAAAGAGAACCAUGUUCGUAUCUUGGAGGACAGAGUGAAGGAACUGGAAAAACAGCUGAACCUUGAUAAGAACUCCAAGUUGCUAGUGGAAAACGAAAAGCUAAAGGAGAUGAUCACUCGCUUACAAAAUGAAAAUGCCGCCUUGUUGGGAUCCACUGUGUCUUUUGACUAUCCUCUCAGUAACUCGGCAUCCUAUGAUGAAAGACCCCAAAAGAUCAUUCGUCAAAGCAACAUUGUGGAAUCACCUAUUGCACAUUUUGAUAGCUUCAGCAGUGGUUAUUCCACAUCUUCCAAGAGUAGAUCAAACACACCGGAAUUCCAAAUUCCCGCAUCUCAUCAACAGCAACCACGUCAACUGACUAUUGAUGAUAUCUUGCAAACCACAGAUUUGCCUUCAAACGCCUUGCUGGAUCAUUCACAACUCCUCAACGACGACAAGUUGGAUUACGGCACACAAUUAGACGAUAUUUUAAAUCAACAUCGUCUUACAUUUCAAACGGAUCCAUCUCAAUUUGACUUUUUUUACCCUCUCAAUGGCGCAAACGAUAUACUCAAUACUGCGGCCAUCACAUUACCGCCUGAGGAGGAAAAAGAUGAGGAAAUCAAAAAUAUCACCAAAGUGUGGGACAAGUUAUCCGAGCACCCACGAUUUGAUGAGAUUGAUAUGGAUGUGCUUUGUGAUGAAAUGCAUAAAAAGGCUACUUGUACUGAUUUCGAUCAUGAUAAAGAGAUGGAGAAACUGGUCGAUAAAUAUUAUCCUGUGGAAAACUAA